UUGCACACCCUACAGCAAAGGCAAAAAUGGAAUACGCCAGCCAAUCCCGUCAAAGAAGGAAUGGUUGUCGUUUGUCUACAGGAUAAUGUUACGCCCUUACAUUGGCCGUUAGGUGUCAUUGUACAACUACACCCUGGAAAGGAUGGCAUCACACGCGUUGCCUCCGUCAAAACUAAGCAAGGUGUAUUUCAACGGCCAGUUGUAAAGCUGUGUCCGCUACCUACGCAAUAG